AGAGCGCCAGAAGGGAGGCUGAAAGCUACCCCUUUCGCCUCCCCUUCUCUUUCCUUCUCUUCUUCCCCCCACGGCGGAGGAGUGACCUCGAGGGCCACCCCUCCAGACCUGCGCCUCCAAAUUUGGAGCUUUUCUCACUUUUGCUGGGGUUUUCUGGGUUUUUCCCUGUGUUUUUUUGGGGCUGGAAUGGUGGGGAAUUCGUGAAUCUGGGGUGAUUCGUCUAGUGGCUUUCUUCGCCGAUCGGGGUUCGUUUUUCAGUUUUUCCUUCUCUCCAAGAUCGUAGCUUUCCCAUAUUUUUCCCUUCCUUCUCUGUGUGCGUCUUUUUUUUUUUUUCUUUUUGGAGUUCUUUUGGCGGCUGGAAUGAUUAGGGAAGGGUGAAUUUGGUGUGAUUUGGGCAAGGGUUUCUGCUACUUGAUUGGGUUUUGUUUUUGGGUGGAUUUAUUUGGGGAAGGUAUGGCGUCGGAGGGGAUUCUUUCAAUAUCAGUGGCGUCGGUAGGGGAGGACGAGCUGAGUCAGCAUGGUUUAAGGCUAAGCGACAUCGGUUUGGCUUCAAGGAAGGAAGAGGAAGCAGCAACGAGAAGGUAUGAGGCAGCUGGGUGGCUGAGGAAGAUGGUUGGGUUCAUUGGUGGUGCUAAAGAUUUACCAGAAGAGCCUACCGAGGAGGAAUUCAGAAUUGGUUUGAGAAAUGGAAUAAUUCUUUGCAAUGCGCUCAACAGGGUUCAUCCUGGUGCAGUGCCAAAGGUGGUAGAAGCUCCUGCAGAUUUUGCUGUUCUCCCAGAUGGAGCAGCUUUGUCAGUAUAUCAGUACUUUGAAAAUUUAAGGAAUUUCCUUUGUGCACUCGAAGAGAUGGGUCUCCCCACAUUUGAGGCAUCUGAUCUAGAAAAGGGAGGUAAAGGCUCAAGGGUAGUUAACAGUGUCUUGGCUCUUAAGUCCUACAAUGAAUGUAAACAGACAGGCAGAAAUUUUUCCUCGAAAUAUGGUGGAAUGUUGAAAGCUGCCAGCACAGGGAAAUAUUUCAUGAGGAAAAACUUGGAACCUUUCAUGAAUUCCUUGUCUAGGACCCAAGCAGGCGACAAAUUCCAGGAUGGCAUAUCACUGGAGCAGAACUUAAGUGCAGACUUUUCAAUAGAAUCAACUGAAAUGACAACUUCACAUUCUCUGAAUAUGCUUGUCCGCACUAUUCUAUCAGAUAAGAAGCCUGAGGAAGUUCCAAUGCUUGUGGAAUCAAUGUUAAGUAAAGUCAUGAAAGAAUUUGAGCGUCGUAUUGCAAGCCAAAAUGAGAUGGUGAAGACAACUUCAAAGCAUCUGGCAGACGAUAAUAUCUACCAUGAUUGCCUCUCCAAGCAGGAUGUUUUGGCAGCUGACUCAUCUGCUUCUGAUGAAACAAAGAUGGAUAAGGUAGAGAAAAUUCAUGUCUGCUCGAAAGAUGAAGAUACUCUAAAUGAGAGGCUUCAAAAGCGACGCAUAAUUUUUUAUCAACAACAAAGAGACAUUCAGGAACUGAAACAAGCCCUUCACAUGGCUAAAGCUGGCAUGGAGUUCAUGAAAUCACAGUACUCUGAGGAGUUUAGGAGUCUUGGCAAGCAUUUGCAGAUCCUUGUCCAUGCUGCUUCAGGUUAUCACAAUGUUCUUGAGGAAAACAGAAAGUUAUACAAUAAAGUGCAAGAUCUUAAAGGGAACAUUAGGAUUUACUGCCGCGUGAGACCAUUUCUUCCUGGACAAUUUAGCAGCAUGAGCAGCAUCAGCCGUAUUGAUGAUGAAAAUAUUACAGUCAUCACCCCUGCAAAGUACGGCAAAGAAGGGCAUAAAACUUUUACCUUCAAUAAAGUCUUUAACCCAGCUGCAACUCAAGAAGAGGUCUUUUCAGACACACAACCUCUUAUUCGUUCAGUUCUUGAUGGUUACAAUGUCUGUAUUUUUGCAUAUGGCCAAACAGGAUCAGGAAAAACUUAUACAAUGAGUGGACCUAAAGAACUUACCAAGGAAGGUCUUGGUGUAAAUUAUAGGGCAUUAAAUGACCUGUUUUAUAUCUCAGAACAGAGAAGGGACACUUUUUAUUAUGAGAUUGCUGUUCAGAUGAUUGAGAUAUAUAACGAGCAAGUGAGAGAUCUCCUUUCAAAUGAUGGCGGGAACAGAAGAUUAGAAAUUCGUAACAGCUCACAAAAAAGACUUAAUGUACCUGAUGCAAAUUUGGUACCUGUUGCAUCAACUUCUGAUGUUAUUGAAUUGAUGAACCUUGGUCAAAAAAAUCGGGCAGUGAGUUCAACAGCCUUAAAUGACCGUAGCAGUCGCUCUCACAGUUGCUUGACCAUUCAUGUUCAAGGAAGAGACUUGACAUCUGGGAACAUUCUUCGAGGAUGCAUGCAUCUGGUUGAUUUGGCAGGGAGUGAAAGAGUAGAUAAAUCCGAGGUCAAAGGAGACAGGCUGAAGGAGGCACAACAUAUAAACAAAUCUCUUUCAGCAUUAGGAGAUGUAAUAUCUGCCCUUGCCCAAAAGAACACACAUGUACCUUAUAGGAAUAGCAAACUCACACAAUUACUUCAAGACUCUCUCGGAGGGCAAGCCAAAACGUUGAUGUUUGUCCACAUAAGCCCGGAGAUGGAUGCCAUUGGUGAGACGAUAAGCACUCUCAAAUUUGCUGACCGGGUUGCUACUGUUGAGCUAGGUGCUGCCAAGAAAAACAAAGAUAAUGGAGAAGUCAAAGAGCUCAGAGAGCAGAUAGCUAGUCUUAAGGCAGCAUUAGCUAGUAGAGAGGGAGAAGCUGAACAUGUAAGAAGUACAAUGUCCAGCCCUGAUAUAUAUAGGAAGAAGGCUGAUGCAAUCUCACCAUCAUAUCCCAGCUUCGGGGAGCCAAUGGAGGACGUGGGAAGCACAGAGAUCCAGAGCAAUUCUGCGCUGAUGCAAAAGAAAGCAAACUAUGAUAUCCAAGAGUUAUUGAUGGAAACUGAUCCUUCUCCAUCGCCAGAGAGCAGUCCUGGACUCCAGAACAUGGAUGACAAAGAAGCAAGUUCUAGAGAGUGGGUCAACAAGGUCAUCAUUAACAAGGAUGAGGCUGUCAUAGGGGUUGAAGAUUCCCUAAGAGAUUGGGAAGGAAAUAGUGCACAACUCCCUGCUUAUCAAAAAUUUGUUCCUGAUGCAAGAGUUUACAGUGAACAGCAUAGAAAUCGGGCUGAAUCCGUAGCAACUGAUGAUUCAGAUGAUUUGGAUUUGGUGGCCAUUGAUUCUUCAGAACAAGAUAUGCAAUGGCAGUUUAGUCUUCCAGAACCUACUGCGGCAGACAGUGUGGUAGGAUCAAGGAUUAAGAAGCCUCAAACAAAGCCAAUAAAGAGUCUGCAUGUCAGGACUUCUCUCAUCCCAUCUCCGUCACGGAAAGUGUCAAAUGGGCCUGGCCAAACAACACGCUGGCCAGGAAGAAUUCCUGUUUCCGGUGGCAUUGGUGGAAAGAGGCCAGUUAGUGGAAAGGGGGAAAGUAGGAAGUAAGGUUUAUAUGACAAAGAUGUGAACUUUCCAGGCUUUCUUUUUAUCACAUGGCACAAGAGAUUGAGGACCUUGUUCCCUUGUAUUGAGUGGCAAAAAUACUUGCUUCUGUUUGUUGCAUGGACAGUGGUCUUGAUCGGUGCCAAAGAGGAAGAUUCUCUCACCCUCCUGCUUUGCUUUUAUAACUUAAUUCAUUGUCUGUAUUUUUUACAAUUCAGAAAGAAAAGAAAAUAGAUAAAGAUAUACAAAUUGAUGAUAAGAGGAAGCAAAAGUCCGAAGCUCAGAUGUAAUGUUUAUGAGAAGGCUAAUAUAUAGCAAUUUU